AUGUCUACCUACUACAAAUUUGGAGGCUACGAACCGAGUUUCCAUUGGUUUCAAUUCCGGCUCCAGGACCUUGCAGAAGCCAUCGCUGGGGACACGUCGCUUUUGCGUUCGGUUGACACCAAAGGGCCUGUUGAAGUGACCCUCGGGAUCGGGAAAUCAGGGGCCAGCUCCCUGCUCCUGAACGAGGAACAAUUCCAGGCCCUAUGGCACGUCUAUAAACGCGUCGAACGCGCGCCAAGUCGCGUGUUUUCUCCACGAGACUUUGAGUCUCUCAGCCCCAUCGAUUUCGACGGGGCCGAGUCGCUGCACCGGAAACUGAAGAGGCUGACACCGCGGAAGACGAAGGUCGGCUAUGACACCAGCCCGGCCAACAGAGUGUUCCAUGAUGCAGCCAGUGCUGGGGAUGGCCGUCUCCGGGGGUUGUUCGAGCUCAACCGGUGUCUGUACCGCCUUAUUAACGGGGGCAUAGAUCCUCACAAGUUCGCGCUCAACGGUGAAUGUGCAUCAAAAAUACGGAUAUGUGCGCUGGUCAUCAACACCUGGACCCAGGACGGUCGGCCGGCGGAUGCUCGAAAGCGCAACCCGAAGAUUCUCGACAUCGGCGUGACUUCUGUAGACCCGUCUGCACCCACUCUCCAAGCCACCCGAACCUCAACACACUUCAUAGUCAAGGAAAGCAAUAUGUUGAAUAAAGAGGCUAGGAAGGAAUUCAGAUAUGGAGACUCCAAGGAAGCUGCUCUCGCAGACAUAGCUUCCCAGCUCAGGAGCCUCCUACUCGCUGGGCCCACCGUCCUCCUCGUCGCUGGCGCUGACACCACAGAAGAUAUCUUGAACGCCAUAGACAUCGACACAUCCUCCUGGGCGCACGGCAUCAAACCCCUAGUCCAGAACGAUAUCGCGUAUCUUCAGCAACCCGCCCUGUCUCCGAAACCCUAUUACCACCGGGAGGAUGGGCCAAGCACAUACCAAUCUCAUCGCUCGCGCUCGCGCUCCCCCACUCGCCCAACCUCGAACUCGAACUCGAACCCGUAUCAUUCCUCCCGAUCGUCGACAGCCAUGUCAUCCCGAACCGCCUCCACCGCCCCCCGCACCAGCCGCACUCCCUCCGAGUCCUUGCCAAGUCCGCGCCGCCGCCAGUACCUCCCCGUCUAUAUGGUCGACGUGCAGCAGAUGUAUGAGAAGCUGAAGAAGACGGGGGAUAAAGACAACAUCUACCACAUCGCGGAAUAUCUUCAGGUCGAAGUGCCAGUCGGUACCACUCCCGCUGUGAACAACGCUGCCUCUGGGAAGGCUACAGCUGGGGGUAUCUGUGCGGGCAACGAAUCACGGCUUCUCAUCGACAUCUGGGCAGCGAUGGCAAGCGGGGCAGCGAUCGAUGAGCAACACGAGGAAAGGGCGCUGGUGCAGCGUCCAAGAGAAGCGAGCCGUCAAGCAGCACACAGUCAAUCCGGCACUAAGGUGGAACCUGCUGCCACUGCCGGCGGCCUCGCAAGUUCUGGGGUAUAUGAUGAUGAUGAUGAUGAUGACGACGACGACGACGCGGACCCGUUUAUAUCCAUGCAGCAGGCAAUACAGCACCAGGAAUCGAAUGGUGUUAAUCCAGGUGAUGAUUAUUAUGAUAUUGACUCUGAUCUUGGCUCAGACAUGGACUAA